AUGGUGCAGCGUCUCACGUAUCGUACCCGGCACAGCUAUGCCACCAAAUCCAACCAACACAGGAUCGUCAAAACCCCCGGAGGGAAGCUAGUGUACCAGACCACUAAGAAGAGGGCAAGUGGACCCAAGUGUCCUGUCACUGGCAAGAGGAUUCAAGGGAUCCCUCACUUGAGACCUGCUGAAUAUAAGAGGUCUAGAUUAUCUAGGAAUCGGAGGACUGUUAACCGUGCUUACGGUGGCGUAUUGUCUGGAGCUGCUGUCAAGGAAAGGAUCAUCAGGGCCUUUUUGAUUGAAGAACAAAAGAUUGUGAAAAAGGUGUUGAAGAUUCAGAAGGCAAAGGAAAAGCAAGCCUCAAAGAGCUAG